AUGUUGCAGGUAUCAGAAAUGGCUCUUGGUUCACUGUCUCAGCAUUUGACCAAAAUCAGGUCUCCAUUUGGGGGUGAAAAGGUGUUCAAGGAUGAAUGUGCAUUUUCUUUUGAUAAUCCUGAAUGUGAUACUGGCUUGUAUGUGUGUAUGAACAAAUUCAUUGGGCUUGGAAAAAGAUUUGUGGAGAGCUACUACAGAAAAACUGGAAAUGCAGUAUUUUUACAUCUAAAGAGAAUCAGAAAAGAGGUGCCUCAAGAAACAGAAUCACCACCAGAGAAAAAGCCGACAAAAAUGGCCAUAGGUCUUGAGGGUGGAUUUAACCUUGAUGAAAAGAAGUAUGUGUUUGAGGAGCAGAAUUCGGUCGUGGUGUUACCGGAAUGGACAGUGAUUCCCCUUGACACUCCAGAUCUCCCAGACAUGGUCCAGAUUUCAGUGGCUGCCAUUUUGGGGGCUGAUGACGCAUGGAAAUUGGCUGAAGCUGCUGCUAUGUCUGGAACGUGGGAGGGAGAGAAACGCAAAGUCUCUAAACAUGCAGAGAACCUGAAACAACUGGGCAAUGGGAAGAAGAUUCCUCCUUCAGGCUGGAGGUGUGAGAAGUGUGAUCUGACAACCAACUUAUGGCUUAAUUUGACUGAUGGCAGCAUCCUGUGUGGCCGACGCUUCUUUGAUGGCAGUGGCGGUAAUAACCAUGCUGUAGAUCACUAUGAAGUGAAGCGACACCCUCUGGCUGUCAAACUGGGUACCAUCACUAUCGACGGAGCAGAUGUGUUUUCAUAUGAUGAAGACGAUAUGGUUGAGGAUCCAUACCUUGACAAACACCUUGCUCACUUCGGCAUCAACAUCACAUCUCUAGAAAAGACAGACAAGACGAUGGUGGAGAUGGAAAUCGACCUGAACCAGAAGAUCGGAGAGUGGGAUGUUAUCCAGGAAUCUGGUAGCAAGUUAACUCCCUUGUUUGGCUGCGGAUACACAGGCAUGCGUAACCUUGGUAACAGCUGCUACAUGAACUCUGUGAUGCAGGUUUUGUUCACCAUACCAGAUUUUAUACAGAGAUACUGUAACAACGCUGCUGACAUAUUCCAGUGUGCCUCGGACGACCCAUCUGCUGAAUUCAUUGUUCAAAUGGCCAAGUUAGGCAAAGGUCUCAACAGUGGGGAGUACUCCAAGCCUCCUCCCGAGGGUGUCAACGAAAACAUACAGCCCCCUACAGGAGUGCGACCACAAAUGUUUAAGACACUGGUUGGACAAGGCCAUCCCGAGUUUUCUACAAAGCGUCAACAGGAUGCACAAGAAUUCUACUUGCAUUUAAUUAAUCUCAUAGAGAGAAACACUGGAGGACAGGUAAAUCCAACAGGGAGUUUGAAAUUCCAAGUGGAAGAGAGAGUGGAAUGUAUGCAGAGUCACAAAGUGAAAUACACCAACAGAUGUGACUAUUGUCUAGCACUACCUGUUCCUUUGGAGGCUGCCGUUAACAAAGUUGAAGUUGCACAGUAUGAAGCAAAGAAGAAAGAAGUGGAAGCAGAGGGAAAAAGAAUGGAUCCAAAAGAACUUGUGCGACCCAGAAUUCCAAUGUCUGCAUGUCUUCAGUGUUUCCAAGGCGAUGAAAUUGUGGAUGACUUCUACAGUUCUGCAGUGAAAGGAAAAUGUACUGCUAAAAAAACCACACGUCUUUCUUCCUUCCCUGAUUAUCUAAUGAUACAGUUAAAGAAGUUUACAGUUGGACAAGAUUGGGUCCCUAAAAAACUUGAUGUUUCUAUAGAUGUUCCCGAAGAGCUGGACCUAGCAUCACUGAGGGGGAGUGGUCUAAGGACCGGAGAGGAGGAGCUACCACAGGAGCAUGAAGGGCCACCAGCGGUGGAGAUAAACGAGGCAGUGGUGGCCCAGCUCAUGGACAUGGGGUUCCCAUUUGAGGCCUGUAAGCGGGCAGUGUUCAAUACUAACAACAGUGGAGCCGAGGCUGCCAUGAAUUGGAUCAUGGAACACAUGGAAGAUGCAGAUUUCUCUAGUCCUUUUACACCACCUGGAGCUUCGAAAGCAUCAACGGGAGCCUUCACACCAAACGAGGAUCACCUAGUCAUGAUCAUGUCCAUGGGGUUCAGCAGGGACCAGGCCAUCAAGGCACUCAAAGCCACGGACAACAAUGUGGAGCGAGCAGCUGACUGGAUCUUCAGUCAUGUUGAUGAACUAUCUGCUCCCAUGGAAACAGAGGAGCCAGCAGGUGCUGGGGCCGGCCCAUCUCAGCCAGCCUUCAGGGACGGACGGGAAAAAUACCGACUAAAAGCUUUCAUCAGUCACAUGGGGACGUCUACAAUGGUCGGCCAUUAUGUCUGUCAUAUCCGCAAAGACAACCGCUGGGUAAUAUUUAACGACGAGAAGGUGGCGCUGUCUGAGAACCCGCCCCGAGAUCUGGCGUACCUGUACCUGUAUGAGCGAGUGUGAGGACUGUUAAGUUUGGACAGUGGUUGUAUUUUAUGUUGCAAAUGUGUUGGCUGAUCAUUAUUUAUGUCCUGUACUAGAAAUAAUCAGAAUUUACUCAAAGACACUUUUACAAACUGCACAGCAGGAUUGUUGUCAUUCAUAUAUAUUACAAUAAAAUACUUUUCAUGAAAUUUUGAUGAAUAAUAUAUAUGAAAGCAAAGACAUUAAAACCUGAAGAAUGGUUACUGGUUUACAAUAUAAUCAUGGCUAAAAUACUUAUGUAUGAGAACUUUAAAACUUUGAAUAUUUAUUUCCUUUGCCCAUGUUGUAUCAGGGCACUUUUUUUUUCGAUUUAAAAAUGUAUUGAAAAAAAGUCAUUGGCCCAAAAAUUUGGGUAGUAGUGAAACAAUUGUUUACAUCAAUAAUUAUAUCUCAUCUAUGAUUUUCUGUCUGCACAAGAAGAAAGUUAUUAUAUGAAAAAUUAUAAUUGAGGUAGGUGGGGGUAAAGUUAAAAAAACUGGAGAAAACUGGAGCAUAUACAGGCUAAUUAUUAAAUAAUGUAUAAAUGUAAUUCAAAUGCAAGCAUAUUACUAUAUUAGUAAUAUAGUAGUAUGGUUACAUUUGAGUUACAUUUAGCAUACACUCACAGGAAAUCUGUUUAUAAUGGUAACAUUACUCCAUCGAUGUUCCAGUAAACUAUUAAUGUCACCCAGACGGAAAAAACCAACAGUGUACAGUUCAAACACAUAAAGUUAUGAUUUAGUUUGUACAAUUACAUGUAUAUCUAAUUCUUAAGUAUGUUAUCCAUCCAAAUACAGAUCUGUGGUAUAGCAUACAUAGAUUAUUGAAGGUUCUAUAAACCUGUCAAUCUGAUGUAGUCCCUUGUAGGUAAUCAACAAAUGUCCAUUUCGCUGUAUGACUUAUGUUUCACAAAACAUCCUAAUUUAAGAUUUUCCUUGCACUAAAUAAUCGUGUAGAGAUAUUUUGUGGAAGUUAAGUAAUUAAAGAUAAUUAAAAGAAGUGGAUCUUGUUUUCCUAACAUUACCUUUAGUAUGUUUCUGAUAUUAAAAGAGAUAGACUUAUAUAAAGCACAUUUGCCUUAUUUAAUAGGUUUUUCAAGUUAUGGUAAACAAUCUAUAGAUUGUUCACACAACAUCGACAUUGUGAUGGAAUAACUAUACACAAGUUAUGGUAAACACACUAUAGACUGUUCACACAACAUGGACCUUGUGAUGGAAUAACUAUACACAGGUUAUGGUAAUCUAUAGAUUGCUCACACAACAUGGACAUUGCG